GGUAAAACCUAAAUCAAUCAAACGUUCAGUGCAGAUGGAACUCACCCUUUUUGACAAGACCAUUCAUUGUUUUCGUACAAUCAUCUUCUUUAUAUCUAAUUUGAUAAGUCGCUUUUAGGAGACAAUGUAUCCGUUAAUGUUCACACUUACAGCCUAUUUACUAUGCAUUCCAGCUACAUUUGGAAAAACUGUGUCGGGAGUUUUCAAGAGCGAUGCAGCCAGAGAGCAGAAUGGACAAUACAUCACACAAUUCAUGUACAACGUGGGUAGGGGUCUGGUGGUGUGCAGGCUGGAGAAUGCUCCCCUGGCCACGGAGAAGGAGUCCAGACUGCUAUUCUUCCCGGAGAUGGAGGACGGCUUUGACAUCGACAACCUCAGCUGCCACGAGCGCCUCUCCAAGGCACAGCUCUCCAUCCGUCUGAGUGAGGAGGAGCACAACCAGAGCAUCCCCCACCUUCACUCCCCCACGGCCUGGAUGGCGCUGUAUGCAGACCGCUACACCUGUGGGGAGGGGGGCAUCAUCCCUGCCCAUGAGGACCUGACCUUCACCAUCCUGCUGUUCAACCCUGACUCGGCAGGCAACCCCCUGGAACACUUCAGCGCUGAGGAGGCAGGCCUGCAUAGUUUCUACUGUCUGCUGAUCCUGGCCUACUUUGUGGCAUCCUGUAUCUACAUUCAGCCUCUGUGGAUGGCCCUGAGAAAGGGUGGGCCCAUGCAAACGGUGCUGAAGGUGCUCUCCACAGCCUUGGCCCUACAGGGGAUCUCUGCCCUCUUAAACUACAUCCACCUGGCCAGGUAUGCCAGGGAUGGAGUGGGCAUUCCUAUCAUGGGCAGCUUGGCAGAGUUCUGUGACAUGGUAUCCCAGGUGUCCAUGCUGUACAUGCUGCUGAGUCUGUGUGUGGGCUGGACCCUGAGCAAGAACAGGAAGCCCCAGAGCAGACCUCUCCAGUGGGACUCCUCUCCCGCCUCUAAAGCCCUCGCUAUGGGAGGGGUCGUCACACAGGGGGCGCUACUGCUGUGGGAGCAGUAUGAGGAGACGGAGCACCACAGCUACCAUGCCCAGCGCAGCAUAGCGGGUCUGUUACUCAUAUCUCUACGUAUCAUCCUGGCCUUGUUGCUAGCCUCUGUGCUCUACACCAUCAUCAGCACAGAGAGGAGCGCCCUCAAGAGAGACUUCUAUCUCAGCUUCGCCAAGGGUUGUUUUAUCUGGUUCCUGUGCCACCCUGUGCUGGUCCUACUCUCUGUGGUCUUCAACGAGCAUCAGAGAGAAAAGGUUGUGACAAUCGGUGUGAUUCUAUGCCAGGCUAUCUCGGUGGUGAUCCUCUACCAGCUUUUCCUGUCUCGUAGCUUAUACUGGGAAGUAUCUUCUCUCUCCUCUGUCUCACUACCCCUCACCAUGUCCAGAGGGGGCCGGGGACGCUACUGACCCCGCGUGCAGGGGGAACACUUUCACUGUGACACAUGCCGAGGGCGAAGGGAUACACUGUGACACCUGCAGUUAAAGGGACAAUACUUCCACUCCUCUCCGCCCACUCACGGCAAAGGUGCCCCCACAGAUGGGUGAGGAAAGAGAGGUGGGUGGGAUGAAGAGUAGGAAGUUCACCCACAAAUAUAGAAGAGAAGAGGAAUGAUGGCCUGCUCAUGUAGCUGGAUAGCACACCUAUUUAAUAGCCUCCCAAACAGGAUGAGAGUGAGUCCUGGGUUUAAGCGCACAUAAAGUAUGUAUGUAAAUGAGACUCAUUUGUUAGUAUACAACAGAUGUGGACACAGGUAACUGCCAAAAUAAUGGAAACGCGAGUAAAAUAGGGAUCCAAGGUAUAUUAAAAGUAGGUGCUUCCACACAGGUGUGGUUCCUGGGUUAAGCAAUUCACAUCCCAUCAAGCUUUGCUUAGGGUCAUGUAUAAAAAUUCAGUCUGCCAUGGCUGUGGCCCUACAGGAUUACAAUGCCCCCAUUCACAGGGCACGGGUGGUCACUGAAUGGUUUGAUGAGCAUGAAAAUGAUGUAAACCAUAUGGCCGUCUCAGUCACCAGAUCUCAACCGGGGAUGGUGUUUUCCACCACCAUCAACAAAACAUCAAAUGAUGGAAUUUCUCGUGGAAGAAUGAUGUCGCAUCCCUCCAAUAGAGUUCCAGAAUCUAUGCCAAGGUGCAUUGAAGCUGUUCUGGCUCGUGGCACAAUGCCCUAUUAAGACUCUUAUGUUGGUGUUUUCUUUAUUUUGGCAGUUACCUGUAUGUUAGUCUUAUUUGUAGUAUGCAUGUGUGAAAUUUUGGUUCAUGGUUUUAUUUUGAAUGUCAAACUUGGGCUGGAUUUGAUGUCUCUUUCUUUUUCAGAUGGAAUAUAAGUAUUUAGAAAUAUAUUUAGAUUACAACGAAAGGUUACUGAUUGUCAAAUUCCCUGUUAAGUCUUAUUCAUUGCCGAUAAAGAUAUCCAGGCGCGGACUGAAAUACAUUUGUUUACCGUUGAUCUAUAGAGAUAUGGAUCCAUGUUCAGUGUGGUAAAUCUGAUCUUAACUCUGUCAGAAAUAGAAAGUUUGUUUUUUUUUUUUUAAACAGAGUUGCUUCACACUGUUUUACUGCCGUUUCAUUCUAUUGUCGUCAAUUGAUCAUUCUUUCUGCGAGGUUUAGGGUGUGCUGAAGCUAUUACAGAAAUCACAUGGAACUCAUGGAAUCUUUGUGUCAUCCCCAGCACUCCAAUACUGCAGCUAGUUACAUGUGUGAGAAUCGUAUUACUAUUUUUAGUUGUGCAAUUAUUGAAUUAUACUUGAAUAUGAAUGCUUGGUAUUGUUUUGUCUGACAUUGGAGCUAGACAUGUGCAAUGUUUAAAUGCAGCUUUAUUUUCUUUCUCAAUCGUCGCAAAUGCCUGAGAAGACAAUCCCUUUGCUAGUAGAAGGUACCUGUGUGAAAAGAUGGGUUUCACAUUGACAUACAUAACCAGUCUGAUAGUUAAGUUAUGCGGAGAUAUUGGGCGCAAAUGGUCAACAGAGCAGUGACUGUGUAAUGUUCCUAUUAAGCAUGUUUAUAAGGCUGUUUUAAAUUCAUUACUGUAUACUUUUGUAAAAUAAGUCUUUAUUAGAUGCUGAUGCAAUACAAGAAAAUGUCUGCAGGGGGCAGCAGUUCUCUUGAUCUGUUACAGUAGCUUAUGUUGACCAGCAUUUUUCAACCCUGGUCCUCCAGUAUCCCCAACAGUGAACAUUUGUAUUGUAACCCUGGACAAGCACACCUGAUUCAACUCGUCAACUAAUCAUCAAGCCCUCAAUGAGUUGAAUGAGGUGUGUUUGUCAAGGGCUACAACGAAACGGUCUAUUUUUUAGCAAAGACACUGCUGUAGACUACUCUCAACCAAUGCACACUCAAACCAUAGAAGUGACCGGUGUCUUUGCUCAAACUGCUUGCAUUCUCAUUCAACAAUUAAACGCAUGAUAAUUCAAACAUGGAAGGAGAAACCACGAAAUGUCACGGUUGCUAGGAAAUGCCACCACGACACUCCACAUUGAGUACAUAAACAGUUUUCCACUUCCUCAAAUGGAUAUGAGAGGCUAAUAUCAAACACUAACAUCAGAGCUAUGCCAAGUCAGUCUCACUUUAUUUGGGUAGUUGCUUGCAGAUAGAUGACCAACCACAGAUGAUUAUUGUUUUCAGUCCGGCUGCUAUGGGUUCCAGUAUGUGACACUAAAUAGGCCAAAAUAAAUCGUAGCCUACACAACACAGUCAAAGUUGUGGAAACAUGUCGUGGAAUGUGGUUAAACUAACCCCAGACUUCUAAACAGUCAAAAGGGGAAGAGUCAUGUUACUGAUGUUUCUCCACUACCUGCCUGUUGGCCUGUUUUCUUGUUUGGUGGUUUCGGAGUCACUGUAAGUUAGCUGGUUAUAAAUCCUUCUUUUCUGGA